CUUACACUCCCUCUCACACACGCACGCACAUGCAUGCACACACCUCGACAGGUGAAACGUCACGGAGCAAGGGGAAUCGGCGCUCAUUAAGGGGAAGGCUGCAAUAUUCUGAAUCGAGACCAUGGGACUCCCAGCUCUCCUAUUUAUAGCUGCCGUGUCUCCAUGGCAGUCACCGCUGCGCUGGCAAAUCGCAGCCACGGCCCCAGACGCCAAUUAAGAAUGAAACAAAUGCCUUUUAGAGAGGGGCGUGCCGCCAUGUCUCUUUCCGCUCCAUGAGUGCAUCCUCUCCAUGCCUCUUCCGGAGGAUGCUCAGGGUAGCGGGAGGACGCCAUGCAGAGAGCUGGCCGAGCUGUGCUGCGACGUUGGCUAUUUUUAAAAAGCCCCCCCUCACUUACUUACACACACGCACACACACACACUCACCCUCUCCCCCAGCCCCUCCUCCUCCUCAAGAAGGAGAGCAGAUGAGGAAUGUCUUCUUGUUGUGCUGGUGUUUUGGAUGCUCCCUGUGCUAUUGUUUGUGAAUGUUGCGGCGAGUUUUGGGAUGUCGACGGACAUGAUGUAUUGCUGUGACUCAUAGGGGCAUCAGAGAGUUCCAACAGGUCAGAAGAGUGAUGACCAUCCUGUUCCUUACUAUGGUUAUUUCAUACUUCAGUUGCAUGAGAGCUGCGCCCAUGAGAGAGGUGCCGGGCGUUGUGGGGGGCCACCGAGCCGAGGGCUACCUGGGGGCCGCCCGGGGCCACGGGACUCCACCGAGUGGGGGAGCGCUGCCCUCGCUCACGGACACGUUCGAGCAGGUGAUCGAGGAGCUACUGGAAGUGGAGGGUGAGGCAGCGCAGGGCCAGGGAGGGGGGGGUCCCGGCAAUGCAGCCACGGCCCCGGCAGAGUCAAAGGACGUCGACACGUAUGCAUCGCGUGUGAUGAUCAGCAACCAAGUGCCUUUGGAGCCGCCGCUGCUCUUUCUCUUGGAGGAAUACAAAAACUACCUGGAUGCCGCCAACAUGUCGAUGCGGGUGCGGCGCCACUCAGACCCGGCGCGACGUGGUGAGCUCAGCGUGUGCGACAGUAUUAGCCAGUGGGUGACGGCCGUGGACAAAAAGACGGCUAUCGACAUGUCCGGCCAGACCGUAACCGUGCUGGAGAAGGUCCCGGUGGCCAAUGGGCAGCUGAAGCAAUACUUUUACGAGACCAAAUGCAACCCACUGGGUUACACGAAGGAGGGCUGCCGAGGAAUAGACAAGCGGCACUAUAACUCACAAUGCCGGACAACCCAAUCGUACGUGCGAGCCCUCACCAUGGAUAGCAAACGGAAGAUCGGCUGGAGGUUUAUACGGAUAGACACUUCGUGUGUAUGCACAUUGACCAUUAAGAGGGGGAGAUAGUGUACACAAUGUAUAGAUUUUAUUGAGAGUUCUAACAAGAGAGAAAGAAAAAGAGUAAAUAUCUAUUUGUAUAUAUACAUAACAGGGUAAAUUAUUCCGUCAGAUGAAUUUUAUGGACUGCAUGUAAAAAAGAUGAAGUUUAUACAGUAAAGUGAUACUACAGUCUAUUUAUUGAACAUAUUCAUGACCUUGUAAACAAUUAAAAAAAGAUCUGAUCAGUCAUUUGCUCCCAGUUCAAAUUACUAUAUCACAUUCCGCAAGACGUUGUGGUUUUCUUUACGUUGCCAAGAACUCAACAGAUGAGAGGAGAGAUAUUUAAGGGAAAAAGAAAAAACUUGCAUGCUGCUUCAAUUGUGAAUAUAAAAAAAAAAAAAAAAAGAAACCUGUUCACUUUCAGAAAACAAGACCACUAUUCCAACUAAAAGAUUCUGUUUACAUUCUCAGCAGUGACAGGACAUCCUCCUCUAAGUACUUUAACUGUUUCCUAUUCUAAACUUCUCAAGGUUAUGUUGGAAUUACAUACUAUGUCAAGGUGCUGUUGUCAAAGCUUUGCUGUUUAUUUUUUUAUCCCCACGAAAUGAAAGA